AUGGCGCUUGCGGUGAACCUAAGCCGCCGCUCACCUCAACUCUGUGCCUUCCUCCGUCUCUGCCCCUGCCGCCCUCUCUCUUCUACUGCUUCCCGUUCUUCUCCACUGCUCGUCUUUUCUUCUCACCGCAUCUACUCACCCACUAAUUCUUUUCUUCAAGCCUCUCCUUUUUCGUCGCUGUCCUCGGCCGCCAGCGACUUUGAAACCGACUCCGACGAGCCCUGCGACCCCGUGGACGAAUCCGAUUUCGUCGGGUUUCUCCAGCUCCUCACCCAAGCCAAAUCUCUGUCUUCGUCUCGGAAGGAGGCCAGCGCCUUCCUGGCCUCCGCAUCGAGUGUUGUGCCGACCAGGGGUUUGCUCUGCAAGGCCCUAUGGGAGCUGAGGGAUGACUGCGAGUUGGCCUUGCUCGCUUUCCGGUGGGCGGAGGAGUGCGUUGGGGAUUGCCGAUGGGCGUGGCAUCUCGUGAUUUGGAUCAUGGGGAGGCAGCGGCGGUUCGAUUUGGCCUGGCACCUGGUGCUGAAGAUGCAUCGGCAGUCGGUGCUCUCGCAGCGAGCGAUGGUGAUCAUGAUGGAAAGGUAUAUAGCUGCAGAUGAAGCCAAGAAAGCAAUAAAAGUUUUUCACGUCAUGGAGAAGUUCAAAGUUAAAGCAGAUUAUGCAGCCUUUAGUGCCCUUCUUCAUGCCCUUUGUAAGAACAAGUAUGUUGAGGAGGCUGAGGAACUUAUACUUGUAAACCGGAAAUAUUUUCCUCUUACAUGUGAAAGUUUCAACAUAGUGCUAGGUGGAUGGUGUAAGGUCAUAUGCGAUCUGCUUGAAGCUAAGAGAGUUUGGAGAGAAAUGUCAAGUUAUUGUGUCACCCCAAAUGGCACUUCUUAUUCACAUAUGAUAUGGUGUUUCUCAAAAGUCGGUAAUCUUUUUGAUUCACUAAGAUGGUACGAUGAAAUGAAGAAGAGAGGAUGGACUCCUGACCUUACCAUCUACAAUUCUCUUAUCUAUGUUCUAACAAGAGAAAGUUGUUUGAGGGAUGCAAACAAUAUUUUUGAAAAGAUAAUACAAGCAGGCUUGCAUCCAAAUGUAGAAACAUACAAUUCUAUGAUAUUGCCUUUGUGUGAAACAUCGAAACUGGAGGAAGCACGAAUGGUAAUAGAAGAUAUGAAGGUAAAAGGUAUUUCUCCAACUAUUGAUACAUAUCAUGCUUUCGCUAAGGCAGAGGACACUGAAGGAUCCAUGCAACUGCUAAAGAGAAUGAAGGAUGUUGAUUGUGGUCCUAACAGUCUCACAUUUUUUCUGUUAUUGGAUAAGUUUUUCAGAUUGGGCGACUCUGGAAGUGCAUUGAAAGUAUGGACCGAGAUGAAGAGAUAUAAUGCCAUUCCUGAUGCUACACAUUAUAUGACAAUCAUAGAAGGUUUGGUGAAGCAUGGAUGGAUUCCAAAAGCUCUUGAAUUCUACAAUGAAAUGAAAUUUAAGGGGUUUCCAGCCGAUCCUAAGCUCGAGAAGUUUUUCAUGUCCUUCAUAUCAGCUCACAAAAACCACUGGGGAAGUAGGGGCAAGGAAUUUAUCUAUCCUCUGCGUGGUGGACAUUUUACUAGCACAGGAAAGGGAUCUCUCUAACCAAUGUCACUAUCCCUCAAGAUUUUUUCCUGAUGCUGCUCUUCUAGAGCCAUAUGAUAAUGCUGAAUUUAUUGGAACAAAGACGAACCAUAGCGCACAGGGAAUGUGUUAUCGCAGGUGGUGUCUCAUGCAACAUCACUUACAGAUGCAAGUCUCCAACAUCAGACAGAUCGACCUAAUUGUUUGUCUUGAGUAGCUACCCAAGGUUAAAAAAAUGUUCCUUACUCUUAAUCAGCUGAGUUUUAUGUCUUGGUGCUUUACACUGUCGAGCUUUAUAGUUUCUCGGGUAUAAGAAGAUAAAAGAAAAAAGUACUACAUCAUGAGAGCCAAUUUUUCAGAUGAUUGCAAGUGAUUGUUGCACAACAAACUUUCUAUUAACAUCUCCUUUCAUUCAACCGAAAAGGAGUUGAAUA